AUGAAGCUCUCGUCCUUCCUCUUCAUCGCUCUUCUUCUCCACGCUGUCACUCUCGUGGCCGGCGCCGAAGAAGACGGCGAGGUGAGCUUGGUCAAGCGAGCGAGGACUAAGAAGCGACACAAGGAACAGCGUAACAACCACUGGUUUGCCAAGUAUGGUGCUUUCCACCAGCAAAAUGUUGACGAUGGCAACGACAAUAGCCCGCGUCUUCAGACAACGCACGAAGCAGCGCAGGCAGGAGCAUCUCACAGGCCCCAGCGGAACAAAGCAGCGUCUUUCGUCAUCCCAGAGUCUUCCGACCAUCUGCCAGGAAGCAGUGCAGAAUGGCAGCUGUCGAGCGAAGACUCGCCCCAUUCUUCGCAAGAUUGGGAGCCGGAAGGUCCUCCCCCCACGUCUUCUUCUUCAGCAGGGUCUGAGGACACCUCGUCAGCAUAUUACUCUUCCGAGGAGUGGGAACCCCACCAAGCUCGCCAAUACAGUUCGUCGACUGCACGGACUCGUGCCUCCAUCUCAAAAGCAGCGACGAGACCUAAAGCGUUUAAAGUCGAAGUAGGAGACUCCUCCAAGACUGCAGCAAAGAAAAGUCGCCUACAUGGAGCCAAUGAGUCAUCAGCGAUCGUUCACACCUCGGGCGAUGAAAAGCACAUCAACAGAGUUGAUCCAUCGACGUCGUCCGACCAUGAAAAGGCACCAUCGCACACCUUGAAACUUUUAGACGAUCUUAGACAAAGCAACCCUGCUAUCCCUCGACGCCCUUUGUCGGAAGAGUCGAUAGAUCCCACAACCGACUCACCCGGUCUACAGCCAAACCAAUCUUUGAGGUCGAAGACUCAAGAAAAAUUAUUUUGCGAAAAGCUUGAGAGACUUACCGAAGACGUCAUCAAGGCUUUUGAGUUGGAAAGUCACCCAGGCAAGUCCGAAGAAGCCCAAAAAUUUUUGCUCACCACGGCGAUCUUUAAUGCGCGCCAAAAGUUCAGACGGGCAACGAUAAAGAAAGAUCCGUCGCAAGCCAGUCGAAACUUCUUUGCCGUGAAAAAUACCUACCCUUUAAUUGACAAGGAGCUUAUGAAGAAGCUUUCUCAUCGUGUUGCCAGCGAGAAAUAUCGGAAUAAGAACCUCGGCUAUUCAAACGAGGUCGCAAGGAAGAAUUAUCACAAACGCUUUGGACCGAGCAAGCAAGAGUUGGCCGAAGGGUACAUUCUCACGCCUGAGCAAGAAAAAGCAAGGAAUAUUCGUUCGACAGCCAAGAGGCUGAGAGAUCUGUUGUGGAAGACGAUCCGAAGACCCCCACUUGUUAAGGGAAAAAAGAGAAAGCGGCGUCCUGGACCGAUUGCUAAAUCAUGGGACCAGUCCAACACAAAUGAGCUUUUCAGAUUUGUCCGAGAGCAUCCAAAGCACCAAAAAAUCUUGGAAUUGUUCGACGAGGCCAAGGCCAAAGCCAAGAUUCCGCCAGAGUACUGGGAAGAAACGAAGACGACAAGCGGACCAUCAUCGCCUGGAGGCGGCGAAAGAAGGUGA